GCUCCCUCAUUCUCCGCCGCUGCGCCUUUCUCUCUAUAAAACUUCCUCUCUCUCUCUGUCUCUCUCUUUGUCUCUCUCUAGAUCUGCCGAUCUGAUCUGCCGUGAACCCUAGAACCGAAAAUGCGUGAGAUCCUUCACAUCCAGGGAGGCCAAUGCGGCAACCAGAUCGGUGCUAAGUUCUGGGAGGUGGUGUGCGCGGAGCACGGCAUCGACUCCACCGGCCGCUACCACGGCGACUCCGAGCUCCAGCUUGAGCGGGUUAAUGUCUACUACAACGAGGCCAGCGGCGGCCGGUAUGUUCCUCGCGCCGUGCUCAUGGAUCUGGAGCCUGGAACCAUGGACAGCAUCAGAUCUGGGCCGUACGGCCAGAUCUUCCGCCCUGACAACUUCGUUUUCGGUCAAUCGGGUGCUGGGAACAACUGGGCCAAGGGUCAUUACACCGAGGGCGCAGAGUUGAUCGAUUCUGUUCUCGAUGUGGUUCGUAAGGAGGCGGAGAAUUGCGACUGCUUGCAAGGGUUUCAGGUGUGCCAUUCGUUGGGUGGUGGUACUGGAUCUGGGAUGGGAACGCUUCUGAUCUCGAAGAUCAGGGAGGAGUACCCAGAUCGGAUGAUGAUGACUUUCUCUGUGUUCCCAUCUCCCAAGGUCUCAGAUACUGUCGUGGAGCCUUACAAUGCUACUCUUUCGGUCCAUCAGCUUGUGGAGAAUGCUGAUGAGUGCAUGGUUCUUGACAAUGAAGCCCUCUAUGAUAUUUGCUUCCGCACACUUAAGCUCACCACACCCAGCUUUGGUGAUUUGAAUCAUUUGAUCUCUGCAACAAUGUCUGGAGUUACCUGCUGCCUGAGGUUUCCUGGACAGCUCAACUCUGAUCUGCGCAAGCUUGCUGUCAACCUGAUCCCCUUCCCCCGUCUCCACUUUUUCAUGGUGGGCUUUGCUCCUCUUACUUCACGUGGCUCUCAGCAGUACCGGGCCCUGACUGUUCCAGAGCUGACACAGCAAAUGUGGGACUCCAAGAACAUGAUGUGUGCUGCUGAUCCCCGACAUGGACGUUACCUAACAGCAUCAGCCAUGUUCCGUGGUAAGAUGAGCACCAAGGAAGUGGAUGACCAGAUGAUGAAUGUGCAGAACAAGAACUCUUCCUACUUUGUUGAGUGGAUCCCCAACAAUGUCAAGUCAACUGUCUGUGACAUCCCACCAACCGGUCUUAAGAUGGCAUCGACCUUCAUCGGGAACUCAACAUCCAUCCAGGAGAUGUUCAGGAGAGUGAGCGAGCAGUUCACUGCCAUGUUCAGGAGGAAGGCUUUCUUGCAUUGGUACACUGGUGAAGGCAUGGACGAGAUGGAGUUCACUGAAGCUGAGAGCAACAUGAAUGAUCUUGUGUCCGAGUACCAGCAGUACCAAGAUGCAACAGCUGAUGAGGAGGAAUACGAGGAUGAGCAGCAAGAGUACGAGGAGGAAAUGUAAUUUCUAUCAUCAAAGCUUAGUGCCGUUUGCAGUUUAGUGCGUUUGCAUGUGAAUGAAUGAAUUUCCGGUUGAGAGAGAGAUUGAUGGACGAGUUUUAAUAUCAACUUCCAGUUGCUGCUCUGUGCUGUAACUUUCUUAUUUUCGACAUUAUGGAUUUGCGGUAGUGAUGAUAUAUUUGCUUU